AUGAUUAAUAUCGUGAAUGAGAGUUAUAAACUUCAGGUCAAGUUUAUAGUACAAAAGUUAGAAUCAGAUGUACGUGAUCUUGUGCCGGACUGCUGGGGGUUACUCCGGGCCGAACUUAUCAAUUCGGAAGGCGAAUUCUUACAAUCUUUUACGCCACGCAUCAAUAUUAUUACAGAAUUAUACACCAGAAUUAGUAGGAAAUAUCGCUGGUAUACGAUUACUAAUGCCGAAGCUUGGUUUAUUGAGAAUGCUUUGCAACAUCUUCAGUCCUCGGUUACCCUAAAAGGUCACUCUACAAAGUGCAGAGCCUCUAUCCCAGCAAGACACAGUCUAGUUGCCUUGCUGAAAAUAGAUAAAAUAAAAUCGCUUGCUUGCUCGUCCAUGGAGUUUGAUACCCAGCAAAUAUCGACACUAAAGACUCAUACAGAGAUUAAGUUAUUGCCAGAACUUUUCAAGGCUGCAAAGUUAGUCGCGGCUUCAAUAUGUCACUCCCAUUUCCAUCUGAUUCAUGCAUUUCUGAUGAAUUUGCUAAAAUCUUUCGGAUCUUACAUUCUAAAAAUUGUCAUGGAAAAAUCGUCUACGAGGAAGCAGUUGACAAAAGAGCAACUGGAACUUAUUGCCAGCAACAAAGCCAAGGCCUUAGAAAGACUCAAGGCUAAACGAAGAGUUAGGGAAGCAGAGCAAGCAACUACAGACGCAUCAAAUAAUCCGGAUAAUGUCGAAAAAAAAGAUGCUGCGCCUCAACCGAAGAAAGCAAGGUGGAUCAAAUCUUACUAUGAAUACGAUUUGAGUAAAAUGAUGGAUUCAAAAGGUGGUUAUAUUGUUGAUGAAAAAGCAGAAGGGAGAGAAUUGCAGAAUAAGAAAGACAAAACGUAUAAAGUUGAGCCUUACUUUCCACCAUCAUUACUACCGCAAGAAAAUCCAAAGUGCAAAGAGUGCAGUUCCAUGGAUUUGGACCCUAUUUUUUUCAACGUAUUUCAUAUAUUGCUCUGUCCAAGUUGCAAAGAGAAAUAUCCAGAAAAAUAUAGUCUACUUACCAAAACAGAGGCUAAAGAAGACUAUUUAUUGACAGAUCGUAAGCGUAUCAGAUGUUUUGCACAGAUUGGUGAACAUAAAUUUUUUAACGUUAGUUCUCUGUCUCUCCUACCUUUUAAUACAUUCCAACUACCCAAUAUAACAGCUGAAUUGAAGGAUGAAGAAUUAUUGCCGCAUUGGAAAAAACCUAACCCUCAUAAGUCGACCUGGAAUGACAUGAUGUUAUACGUACGAGAGACAGUUGAGGAAUAUGCAUUUAAGAAAUGGAAUGGUCCAGAAGGUUUAGAUGCAGAGUAUGAAAGACGACAAGCACAGAAAAAGGAGAAAAAAGAGAAGAAAUUUAAAGAGAAAUUAGCAGAUUUGAGAAGGAGAACGAUGACUAGCGAAUGGGAAAGGAAACGUCAAGAAGGGCCGCAUAAGCAUGAGUUUGGUGAAAGCGUGCAAGAUAACGUAGGAAAUACGACACAAACCUGUAAAACUUGUGGAUUGGUAAUUGAGUCUGAGGAGUUUUGA